GCGGGUGCUGGCAGGCGCCGGAGAGGUGACAUCUGGCCAUGGGAGCAUUUGUUUCAAAGUUCGAGGCCGUUCGCUCGGGGUCAAGGUCAGUCGGGCGGGCCGUUCGGAGACCAGCCCCGGCGUUCCAGGACCGUUUCCGGGGCCCGGCCAAGGCGUUGCCGCAGGGUCGGGGGCCAGCGCGAGUGCUGAGUCACGCCCCGUCCGGGAGCGCUUCGGGUCGGUAACUCGGGAAGACUACAAAGUCGGAGCGGAAGCCGGAGCGGAAGCCGGAGCGGGAGCCGGAGCGGGAGCCGGAGCGGGAGCGCGGGCGCGGCCGGCAGUGCCUGGUUCGAGAUGGGGUCCCAGGUGUCGGUGGAAUCGGGAGCUCUGCACGUGGUGAUUGUGGGUGGGGGCUUUGGCGGGAUCGCGGCGGCCAGCCAGCUGCAGGCCCUGAACAUCCCCUUCAUGCUGGUGGACAUGAAGGACUCCUUCCACCACAAUGUGGCUGCCCUCCGAGCCUCCGUGGAGACAGGGUUCUCCAAAAAGACAUUCAUUUCUUACUCGGUGACUUUCAAGGACAACUUCCGGCAGGGGCUGGUGGUGGGGAUAGACCUGAAGAACCAGACGGUGCUGCUGCAGGGCGGUGAGGCCCUGCCCUUCUCUCAUCUUAUCCUGGCCACGGGCAGCACUGGGCCCUUCCCGGGCAAGUUUAAUGAGGUUUCCAGCCAGCAGGCCGCUAUCCAGGCCUAUGAGGACAUGGUGAGGCAGGUCCAGCGCUCACAGUUCAUCGUGGUGGUGGGAGGAGGCUCGGCUGGAGUGGAGAUGGCAGCAGAGAUUAAAACAGAAUAUCCUGAGAAAGAGGUCACUCUCAUUCACUCCCAAGUGGCCCUGGCUGACAAGGAGCUCCUGCCCUCCGUCCGGCAGGAAGUGAAGGAGAUCCUCCUCCGGAAGGGCGUGCAGCUGCUGCUGAGUGAGCGGGUGAGCAAUCUGGAGGAGCUGCCUCUCAAUGAGUAUCGAGAGUACAUCAAAGUGCAGACGGACAAAGGCACGGAGGUGGCCACCAACCUGGUGAUUCUCUGCACCGGCAUCAAGAUCAACAACUCCGCCUACCGCAACGCGUUUGAGAGCAGACUGGCCAGCAGUGGUGCUCUGAGAGUGAAUGAGCACCUCCAGGUGGAGGGCCACAGCAACGUCUACGCCAUUGGUGACUGUGCCGACGUGAGGACGCCCAAGAUGGCCUAUCUUGCUGGCCUCCACGCCAACAUCGCCGUGGCCAACAUCGUCAACUCCGUGAAGCAGCGGCCUCUCCAGGCCUACAAGCCAGGUGCACUGACGUUCCUCCUGUCCAUGGGGAGAAAUGACGGCGUGGGCCAAAUCAGUGGCUUUUAUGUGGGCCGGCUCAUGGUUCGGCUGACCAAGAGCCGGGACCUGUUUGUCUCUACAAGCUGGAAAACCAUGAGGCAGUCUCCACCCUGAUGGAAAGGCCGGGCGGGAGAUGAGCUACCGCAGCAGGUGGGCGUACGGACUGCUUGGCGCAUGGCACCCACCCGGCAAGUGCUAGAACUAGUGCUGUUCUUCUGGAAUAAGAUGCCAAUGAUGUGGUGGCCAGAAAUGCAACUUGUAUAAAACAAAAAUGGGAGAGAGAGAGGCAUUAAACAAAUACCCCCUUAGAGGAUUCUUUCUGGGUUUCAAAGGUGUGCUCGCCGCGGUACUGGCUGAGCGGCUCAUGCGUGCUGGCUGCAUGGUGCUGGGGAGGCCACAGCCAGCCCUCCCUCUGCACCUGGCUCCUCUGGGAUGUGCAUGCCUGUGCAUGUGUUUGUGGUCAUGACCUGUGUCAUUUAGAGCUCUCAGAGGAGGGCAGAGAGCUGGGCUCUGGUGGCUAGUGUCUGUGAGGGCAGGAAGGAGAGCUGCACAUUGAGAACCAAGGAGGGACCUGAGGUGGAGAGACGCCCUGCACCCCAAAUUUCUGCCAUCUCAUGGUUGGGGAGCCCAUACAUUCUGCAACAACCAGGGACUUCACAGGAGCCCUGUUUUCAAUCCCCUAAUUGGUGCAUAAUCCCUGUACUCCUUAAGCCUCAUGGCCUUCCUACAUUUCCACUUUAUUUAAUUAUUUUUGAGACAGAGUCUCACCCUAGUCAUCCAGGCUGGAGUGCAGUGGCACGAUCUCGGCUCACUGCAACCUACAUCUCCCGGGUUCACGUGAUUCUCUUGCCUUAGCCUCCCGAGUAGCUGGGACUACAGGCGCGUGCUAACAUGCCCGGCUAAUUUUUUUUUUAAGUAGAGAUGGGGGGGGUUUCACCUUGUUGGCCAGGCUGGUCUCGAACACCUGACCUCAGAUGAUCCAUUCAUCUUGACCUCCCAAAGUGCUGGGAUUCCAGGCAUGAGCCACUGCGGCCAGCACAUUUCCACUUUUAGAUCCUAACUCCAUACUGUAGGCUACAUUUAAGAAGAGCUAGAUAAAGGUUCCCUUCUGGUUACCCCACCCUGACAGAGUGCAUUUUUACAUGGCUAGCAGGGGUUGAGACUGCAGCCUGGCCUGCCAGCCACUGGAGGUAUUUAAGGAAGGGCAGAUAAUGUGACUCUCUGCGGGGUGCCAUCUGCUUACCCAUUAGUGAGCAGAGGGGGUUUCUGCGGGUGACCCCCGGCAUAUUUCUAGGUUACUCACGGGCAGAUUUGUAAGUGACAAAACUCCAGCUGAUGCUGGGGAUGGGGAGACGGCCCCCGAGGGACUUUGUGGUUUUGUGCUUCUGGUUUCCUGGCCAACCCCAGGGUCACUUGUCCCGAGGCCCAGCUGGGCACUAAUGUCUGCCACCGACUAUGUUAUGGUGUAUAAAUGACUCCUCUAUUUGAGAGAGAUCUUCCAAUCUGGAGGAGCCCCUCUUGGACCGCCUGGGUUAAAUCUGCAUAGCAGAAGUGGUUGAUGAGUUCAUCUGAAGAAAUUCAGGCCCCACCUCCCCACCCUGCCCCUCCCUGUGCCCUUUUGAUGGUGGCCUUUGGGUACUUGGGCAGAGUCCUUGGGACACCAGCCUCUCUGGGGUUCUCAGGCCAUCCCGUUGGGGCUGUCGCCCAGGCCUAAGUGAGUCGUGUGCCUCUCUUGGAGGAUGGCUGUUCCCCUGGCGGCUUCAUCCAAGGAUCUGUCUUCAUGGACCAUGAAGGGAAGCCCACCUUUCUGGAGGCAGGACCUUCGGCCUGAGAAACACAAGCCCUGGUGCUAUCUGACCUGGGGCCUAGUGAGGUGGGAAUCCCAGUGUGUCAGUGACAGGCCUUGUUCUGUUGACUUACAAUAUUCUAGAAGGACCUACAUGUGGGGACACUGUUUUCCAAACUGAGGAAAAUGUUGCAAUAAAAGAAUAUGUUGUAAGAAA